UAUUUAAUACUAACGUACAGAGAUAGGGAUAGUCUGUAGUAUUCGCCGGCUAUAUAAGGUCUACAUAGUCCGAUCGAAUGAACAGAGAUUCGCCUCAUCUCGGAUAAAUGCGCACAAGCAUGAAGUCCUUCAUCAUCUUAUCGUGUCUUUCAUUGUCGGCGCUAGCCUUGCCCUCGUAUACGCCUUAUCAGGCAUACGGGGUGCAAGCCGGACAUUAUCACGGCCCCCCGGCCCCACUAGCCCCCGACGGUCGAGUGGUCGACACGCCGGAAGUAGCCCAUGCCAAGCAAGCGCAUCUGGCGGCAUACGCAGCUGAGGCAGCCAGAGCGGCGCAUCACGGCGGAUAUCCCGCGGACGGAAGUUACGUUGACAAUUACAUCGGCGCCGGGUAUCACGGACCGCCGGCCCCACUAGCCCCCGACGGUCGAGUGGUCGACACGCCGGAAGUAGCCCAUGCCAAGGCCGCGCAUUUGGCAGCCUAUGCCGCGGAGGUAUCCAAGAUCGCUCAUCUGUCACAUCUCAAUCCUUAUACGAAUGUUGCCUGGUGAAUUCUUCGUUGAUGAACGUAUUACGGAAUAGAGAUAUGUAAAUGGAAUCAGUGUAUUAUCUUUCUUAAAUGAAAUCAGUGGAUUUAUCAUUGAUAAGCAAUGGUUUAAAUUAUAAAUAUAGUAUAGCAAAGUAUAGGUGAAAUCUCACUGAGAAAAAUCAAUUGGUAUCGGAGAUAGCGGAGAUGAUUUUUCAGUGAAAUCUUACUGCCAUAUUUAAUGAAAGACAGAGAAGCAAAAUGUGUGUGUUUUCAUUGAAGAUCAAUGAACUCAUUGGUCUUUGAUGAAACUUAUUUUUAGCUUUAGUGACAUUUUCACUGAUUUAGUUUAAGAAAGUAGAGCAUUCAUAGUAUAAAGGAGAGUAGUGGCUUCGAGCGUAUCUCCACGAUGAUUAUAAAAACGUCACGUGUGCGUAUACGCACGUAAAUGUAAUAAUAUUAUAAUUGCAAAUAAAGUAUGAGAAUUAUUGCAAAUA